UCUAUAUUGUGUUGUAUGAAACAGUCUGCCGAAGAAAAUACCCAAUUUAUGUCUUUUUCUACUCAAAAAAGAAAGGAAAUUGGUAGAACUGAAGCUUUGCCUACAGAUUCCGAGUUGUGGUUUCAUAAUAGUGUGGAAUUGAAUUAUACGUUCGAAGAUACUCAAAACCUCUAUAUUCAAGUGUGGAAACAAAAAGACCAAGAAAAUGUAUUUACAGACUCACAAAGACAACUAUGGGGAGAACAGUGGAUUUCAGUGGGUCAAUUAUUGGUACGUUUUGGCUGUAUCGCGUUGUUACCACUUGCACUUGGAGAACUAACUGCAAGUAAACAAGAGCCCAUGGUUGAGAUAACGGCAGUGGAACCAAAACAUGUAAAAAGCGUUGUAUCGUUGCACUUAGCUGCAGCCAAGUUGAGAAAGCCUUCAGGUAUUUUCGGAAGUAUUCGUCCUAUUCUUAUUCUUAGAAGGUCUUAUCAACAUGAAUUGGCUAUUGACUCAUCCAAGAACGCUAGUCCUUAUGGAGAUGAGACGUUAUGGGAAGUCGUGUAUGAAACGGAACCUGUCAAGGAAGAGAAUAUAUUUCAUUCAUUGACCAGAAACACUGCUUUGCAAAGGAAUAUGUUUGAUUUCGGUCGUUUGGAUUUGUUUCAAGAAGAUCUCAAUCGAGGCAAUGUCGACUUACCUCUUUCAUUCGAAGUCAUACAUUUAAAGAAAACAGGACAACGCUCUCCCAUAGGAACCUUUUUGACCAGUCAGAAAUUUUUAUCGGAUCAACAACCAAACUCAAUCUUUCCUUUAGAAUCAGCACAUCGCGAUCAUCCAUCACCUCCAGGUUAUAUAGUGUUAUUAUCUCCUAUUCGGACACAUACACUUCGUACUUUUUUGGAUUACAUAGUCGGAGGCUGUGAAUUGAGAAUGAUUUUGGGUAUUGACUUUACAGCUUCCAAUGGUAAUCCCAGACAACCCGGCACAUUACAUUAUUGUGGUGAUGCUAGUAGAAAGAAUGAAUAUGAAAGAGCUAUUCGAGAGAUUGCCAAUAUUUUAUUAGCCUAUCAAGUGGAACAAGAGAUUGCUUGCUACGGAUUUGGUGCAAAACUGCCUCCACAUGAAAAAACUCAUCAUUGUUUCCCUUUGACAUUGGAUGAAAGGAAUCCUUAUUUUCGAGGACUAGAAGAUGUUAUUGCUGGCUAUCACAGUAUGUUGCGAAGCAUAGAAUUUCAUGGUCCAACCGUGCUUGCUCAAGUGAUCAAAACGGCAACCAAUAUGGCAAUAGAACAGUUGCAAGUUGCUGCUAAUGCUCGUUAUUUCGUAUUGUUUAUUUUAACAGAUGGCGCUAUUUCUGAUAUUCACGCAACGACGGAGGAAAUCAUAAGAGCUUCUCAAUCAGCUCCCUUAUCGAUCGUUCUCAUUGGAAUAGGAAGUGACGACUUCAAGGAUAUGGAUUCUCUGACAAGUUGUUAUCAAUUGGAGCGUCCAAUUCUACAGUUUGUUCCUUAUCGCCAAUUCAGCAACAGUGGAGGUAGCUUUUCGAAUCUUGCCAUGCGGAAAGUUUUAGCAGAGAUUCCUCAACAAAUGCUUGCCUUUAUGAAACUUGCUCAAAUCAAGCCAAAGCGCCCUAUGAGACGUUCUUUAAACCUUUAUCCACAAAUUGUUCAAGCUUCUGCUCCAUUGGCUACAACAACUUCAUCUUCUCCGUAAUAAUAACCCAAAAAUAGCCAAUUCCAACU